AUGUCGGCUGUUAGGACGCCUGUUGGCUGUUUUAAUGGAUCAUUGAAGAAACUAACCGCUCCAGAACUUGGUGCUAUUGCGGCAAAAGGAGCGCUUGAAAAAUCACGUUUAAAACCUGAGCAUAUCGAAGAAGUAUAUUUCGGUAAUGUCUUGCAAGCAAACAUUGGCCAAUCACCAGCUCGUCAGGUGGUAAUUAAAGCGGGUUUACCAACUUCAACUGAAGCAACAACAAUCAAUAAGGUUUGCGCUUCUGGUAUGAAAGCUGUUAUAUUAGCCGCACAAAAUUUAGCCCUUGGCGACCGAUCUAUAAUGAUCGCCGGUGGUAUGGAGAGUAUGUCUAAUGCUCCAUUUUACGUGUCAAGGAAUGCUGCGUACGGACAUCAAACCAUGUUUGAUGGGAUUAUCAAAGACGGAUUAUGGGACGGUAACUGUGCAGAAAACACGGCUAAAAAAUAUAAUAUUUCAAGAGAAGUUCAAGACGAACAUGCUAUCGAGUCAUAUAAACGUGCUGCAGAAGCUUGGAAGAACGGUGUUUUCAAAAACGAGGUUAUUCCUGUUGAAAUUAAUGAACGAGGAAAAAUUGUCGUCAUUGAUGAAGAUGAGGAAUAUAAGAAUGUCAAAUUCGAAAAGAUUAAAACUUUGAAAACGGUCUUUCAAAAAGAUGGCACGGUCACCGCUGCUAACUCGUCAACCCUUAAUGAUGGUGCAAGUGCUUUAACACUUGCAACUCGUUCAAAAGCCGAUGAACUUGGUCUAAAACCUUUGGCCAGGAUAGUUUCAUACGGUGAUGCAGCAGUUGAUCCAAUUGACUUCACAAUCGCUCCAUCUCAAGCACUUCCGGUAGCGCUGAAAAAAGCCGGAUUAUCAAUUUCUGAUAUUAGUUUAUUUGAAUUCAAUGAAGCAUUUAGCGUUGUAGGUCGCGUGAAUGAACAAAUUUUAGGAUUAGAUCCUUCCAAGGUUAAUAUUGCUGGUGGUGCUGUUGCCUUGGGACAUCCCAUCGGUAGUUCAGGUUCUCGUAUUCUCGUUACCUUGAUACAUUUACUUAAACCUGGUCAAUUGGGUGCCGCAGCCAUUUGCAAUGGUGGUGGUGCUGCUUCUUCAAUCAUUAUCGAACGAAUUUAA